CUUUUUACAUAUCUAUGCUUAAAACGACCAUCACUAGUGGCUGCAGGCUCCGAUAAUUUGUUUUAUUUCACGUCCUAAGUAUUCCUCCGAUCGGAUUCUUUCAUUAUCACAGAAAACACGGAAAAAUUCAUAAGAUUGUCUUUGUUGUUAUAUCAGUAUAUCUACAGAUUCUAUGUAAUAUCGCUAGUUUUCGUCCAGGGCUUGUGGGUGUGCCGACUGUUACUGUAGAACACUCGGAAAGACACCGGAUACUUUAAUACAUUUACUGAUCGCAUUAUUAACUGAACACCUAAAUAAACAUGCAAAAGAUCACUUCACUUUUUAUCAUCUCUUUAUUCAUCAACGGUAUGUUUGGUGAUGAAGUGUCAGUGAUGGAGGGAGAUUCUGUUACUCUACACACUAAUGAUGCUGACAUACAGAAACCUGAUGCAACAGUAAUAUGGACAUUUGGGGCUCAAAAAACUCGUAUAGCUAGAAUCAAUAGAGCAGCUAAUAAGGCACCAAUAUAUGAUGCUGAUAUUCUUGAUGGGAGAUUCAGAGACAGACUGAAGAUUAAUGAUCAGACUGGAGACCUCACCAUCACAAACAUCAAAACCACAGACUCUGGGCUGUAUGAAGUACAGAUACUUGUCGGAAGUAAGAAUAUACCGAAGAGGUUUAAUAUUAAAGGUGUGAGUAACCCAGAAUCAGAUCAACUAAAGUCAGUGUCAGUAAAGGAUGGAGAUUCUGUUACUCUACUCACUGAUGUUCCAAAUAUAAAGACAUAUGAUGGGAUACAGUGGAGAUGUCAAGGGAUUCGUAUAGCUCAAUUCGAUAAAUCAGCCAGUAACAUUUCAGAAAACGAUGACAUUCAAGAUAAAAGAUUCAGAGACAAACUGCAGCUGGAUGUUCAGACGGGAUCUCUUAAAAUCAAGAACAUCAGAAUGAAUCUCUCUGGACUUUAUGAAGUAGAGAUCAGCAGCAGCAAUUACACCAUACAUCAGUUAUUUACAGUUACUGUCAGUGGUGAAGUGAAGUCAGUGUCAGUGAAGAAGGGUGAUCCUGUCACAAUAAACACUGAUGUUCCUGACAUUAAAACCUAUGAUCGGAUACUGUUGAUCUUUGGAUGUGAUGACAGGAUUGCUGAAGUAAAUAAACAGAACAAACAGUUCACUCUAGAUAAGCGAUUCAGAGAAGGACUGACGCUGAAUGAUCAGACCGGAGAUCUCACCAUCACAGAUAUCAGAACUGAAGAUGCUGGAGAUUAUGAACUGAAGAUGAGUAGCAGAAGACGAACCAUUCAGAGGAGAUUCAGAGUUAAUGUCGGUGAGCCAGGUCUGUCUCCAGCUGCUAUAGCAGGAAUAUCUGGUUUCUUAAUCCUGCUUAUGGCUGUUGUGAUUAUCUAUCGCCGUAAGAUCGCUGAAUGGCUGGGUGGAAUGAAAACAGUGAAAGUGAUUGAGGGAGAAUCUGUUGAUCUGAAGACUAAAGUUAAAGAUAUAAAGACAGCUCUGAUAGAGUGGAGAUUUGGAGAAACUCUCAUAGCUGAAAUCAAUCCUGCCAAAAAUAUCUUCACUACAUAUAAUGAUGAUUUAUUCAAAGGUAAACUGAAUCUGAAUCCUCAAACUGGAGAUCUCAACAUCAAAGACAUCAGACGGGAACACAUUGGAGUUUAUAAACUGAAGAUCAUCAGAAAUAAAAAAACUUCAUACAGGAGAUUCUAUGUGUCUGUCAGAUAUGAAACACGGCCAUUGCAAGUGUAUGAGGGAGAAUCUGUCAAUCUGAAGACUAAAGUUAAAGACAUAAAGAGAGUUGAGAAGAUAGAGUGGAGAUUUGGAUUUAAAGAAACUCUCAUAGCUGAAAUCAAUCCUGCCAACAAUAUCUUCAGUACAUAUGAUGAUGAUAAAGGUAUAUUCAGAGGGAAACUGAAGCUGAAUGAGAAGACUGGAGAUCUCAACAUCAAUGACAUCAGAGAGGAACAUUGUGGAGUUUAUAAACUGAAGAUCAUCAGAGGUGAAAAAACCUCAUACAAGAGAUUCAAAGUGUCUGUCAAAUGGAAUGUAGAAACACUCUCAGUAAAUGAGGGAGAAUCUGCUGAUCUGAAGACUGAAGUUAAAAACAUAAAGAGAGAUGAUGUGAUAGAGUGGACAUUUGGAGAAACUCUCAUAGCUGAAAUCAAUCCUGCCAACAAUAUCUCCAGAACAUAUGAUGAUGAUAAAGGUUUAUUCAGAGGUAAACUGAAUCUGAAUGAGCAGACUGGAGAUCUUAACAUCAAAGACUUCAGAGAGAAACAUGAUGGAGUUUAUAAACUGAAGAUCAUCAGAGGUGGAAAAACCUCAUACACGAGAUUCAGAGUGUUUGUCAGAUCUUGCAGAGAAGGAGAUUCAGUGGAGAUGAGAGGAGGAGAUUCAGUGACGGUAGAGAUGGAUCCGUUGUUGAAUAAUAGCAGGCAGUAGCAGUGAUCUUCAAUAUUCAUCAUCAAUAUUACAAACACAUCAGCAUCACAUCACUAAUAACACCAACCCCCAUCAAUGAGUUUAAACAAUACACCUGUGUGUGCUCAUGAACUAGAGGAAAAUAUUUCCUUUUAAUUUGCAGAUACAUAUAAACAUUUUAAUGGCUUGAAGUGAAUAAAAAUAUAAGUAUUAUUAUAAAUAUAAUAAAAGUCAGUAAAAUUAAAGUUGAUGGAACACAUCGGUUGUUCACACUGAUCUACAAACUCUGAUAUUAUUUUAAACAUAAAUGUCAGAUUUCAUAUCUGUUUCUAGAUGCAGACAUUGUGUACUGAAUUUAACAUUUGUUGUUUCAUACAACUUUACCAGUGUUAUAAAAACAAAAGCCUAAAGAUCUCAUGUAUAUCUAACAUAUGUACUCCAGCAGUAUUUCACUGACUGAUGUUUGUCAUCUUGUUGAUAUUAGUUGACAUCAAAUUUCCCUCUGCCUGUGUCCUAGUAUGCAUACUUCACUCAUAUACAGUAUGCAAAACUAUGAGUGUUUAAAUACGUAAAUGUGAAUCUUCAGAUGAAACUGUCUGUUAUUGUUAAUCUGAUGAUCUGCUGAUCUUCACUUCUAGUGUCUAACUAGUGGUCAGUUUUCUAUCCCAUAAUGCCACAGAUGCCGAGGAGCCAUCAGAUGUGAACUUGUGAACUGGACUCGUUUAAUUGUUUUCUAGUGUAGUUGUGUUGUGUUCUUGUAGUUUAAUUGAUAGCGUGUGAUGCUAGCAGCAGCUUUAGUGAAUAUUUUCAGCCGUGCAUAAAUGCUUUUAUGUUCAAAUGUAUGAGCUACCGUACAUGUAACAAAAACAGUAUUCCUGUGCUUAAAUUACUUUAAACACAUUGUUUACAUAUUAUUAUUAUCAGGAAUAUAUUGAUACUAAACACCUGUGUACAUGAAGCAUGGUCUUUAUUGAGAAGUAAAUAGUGUUGAUACUCUGUAAAGUACACAGAUUCAGCUCAUGUAGCUCAUGUGUCUCAGUCUAAAGAGAGAAAGUGUUUGUGUUGAAGAAUCUAGAAAUCAGACUUUAAUGAUUCAGUGUUAUAUUGACUGAUAGAUUAUGUGUUAAGACAUUAGGUUUGAUUUUAUGAAGGUUUUCACCAACUUUAUAUUAUUUUAGCUUGUUUUAAAGCUUUGCCAAAUGUUUAUAUUCUAAAUUAUGUGACUUGUUUUAUUAUCAUUGCCACAAUUAGUAAAUUACUACAAAUAUUUAUUUUGUUAUUAUAUAUUAAUAUUGUUUGUGUCAUAGAGACUUUGUCUCAGAGAAUUUUAAUCUAUUCUAAUGUCUUAAAUUUUAUUUGAAUGUAGACUGAAUCUGUUUUCAUGUUGACUCAUCUGUACAUGCAUUAUACAAUCUUUUCGCUCUGCAUGAUGCAUAGAUUUAUAGCACUUUAAUUCAAAGCUUGCACUAAACCAAAUAAUAAUAAUAAAGUCCUACAUUUUAAUCUCUGUCUAGUUACUGUUCUCUGAACAUUGUAUUGUAACAGCUUUGAUAUGAUACAUCACUCAUGUUAUAAUCCUCAUUUUGUUAAAUAAAAGCAUCUGAUAAAAGUCACAGUGCUGUU